AUGGCGCAGUUUUUUGGGGUAAUGCCUCUGCAUGGUAUUAGCAAAGGUAUUGACGAUGUCACAUUCAAGUGGGGAAGCCUGAGAGUGUGCUAUUCAGUGUUCAACGCUGCAGCUACACUCACCAGUACUGGGUUCUGGAUAGUUAAAUUUUUCGUCAAUGGCUUGAUCGUGGUUCAAACUGUACAAAUGGUUUUCUACAGUUGCACGUUUUUGGCUUCAGUGCGGCUCAUUAAAAUAGCACGUCAUUGGUCUUAUAUUUUACGGGAAUGGUCUGCGGUGGAGAUGUCUAUGAGAGGUUAUUUUACUGAAACUAAGGCAAAGAGAAAAUUCGUCGUCAUUACAGCAGUAUUCAUGAGUUUAGGAAUAG